GGGAGGAACACAAUAGCAUCACAACACUGGUCGCAGUCAUAUCUCGGGUCCGGUUGACUCUCUCAAUGAUGUGAGUCGACGGCGGUGUGAAGAGCUUCGAAGGGUAACAUACUCUUCCUGGUGUAGUCGCGUCCAUUAUCAUAUGUCACGGGUUUGGAUCCCUUCCGAAGUAGUGGUUUGGCCUGGGAUGACGGGAAUGGUUAUGUUCAGCAUGAGUAUCUGGUUCGCGGUUCUCUUCCUUCUGGCACCAUCCUUCGCCCUCAAUAUCACAGUUCCCAGCAUCGUGCACAAUGGCGAACCGACCAACCUGUACCUUGUUCAUUCUCCCCACGAUCCUUCCGAAUUCUUUUUGAAGAAAUUUUAUGGCCAGUCGCUUUUGUCGAGUGAAGCGGUUUGGGUGAACAACUUUACGAGAAAUGUGAAUGCCUCGCUACGGUUUAACGAAAAUGGCUUGUUCACUAUACAUACCUAUGCAAGAUCAGAGUACGGAUUCUGAUUAUUCUUUGAUCAAUGACUGAAAAUGGUCUAGUCCUUCCAUCGAUGAUGUCCCCCUUGCGCAGAGCCA